UUCGCGAAUGAUCUCGGAGUGGAGAAACGUAGCACCGGGUGCACUAAAUAAACUCCCUGCGUCGUCUUCAGUCAAUAACGAGUUCGCGGUUAGCGCUGGUCACAACCGCGGCUUGUCACACUUCGCGCUAAUCAAGAAGCUGGCGAAUGUAAAUCGGUAGCUCCUCGAACUAUUUGUAAAAUAGUACCCUAGAUAUAUUAUUAUUAUACUACGAUGAGAAAAGAUCGCUCGGGCUGAAUAGCGUGCUUUCUGAAAUCCGCAGUUUUAUCUGAGAUUUGAAAACGCGACAGUUGUUCCUUAGAAUUUCUCAGAAGGAUAUCUCGGAGAUAUUGCCGCACCUCGUUUGAAUCGCAAGCAACAGAACAAUAGAUUAGACAUUAGAUUGUUUAUAAUUGUUACAUAAAGAUCGAAGGUACAUAAUUUUACGCUCGAGUAGAUUAUCCGCGCAAUUAUCCGCGAAACUCUAUCGAGCGAAAUAGCAAGGACGGACAAUUUUUAGUGGAAUAAACAAUCAUCGCUAUUAUUGUAUAUAUGUGUGCGACGAAACUAUAUUUGAAACAAAGAGAAUUAAAAUAGAAAAGGAGAAAAGUGAAAAAAGAGACGACGUUUUUCCAAAGCGUAUCUAAAGCCCGCGUUUUUCUAAAGCGUAUCUAAAGCCCGCGGAACGUUAUGAACGGCAACAGUCAUGCGGAGCUUUCUUUAAGUAAUCGGCUGUCAAGUCACUCAGCGCUCUCGAGUCCUUUAAACAAUCAACAUUCAAUGAAUGUUGAUGAGAUUUAAAGUACUUUGUGAUAUAAUAUCGAGCUAAUUAUCGAAUAUAUAAAUAUUCAUUGAGGAUUAUAAAGAGAUAUAAAGAGUAUCGAGCCGUGAAAGAAAGAGUGAGAGGAAAAGUGGUAGUUGAAAGAUAAAAAAAGAUUGAUACCAUUUUUUCAGAAUUAGAAAUCAUAUUUUUGUGCUUGAUACAGCCGAAAUAUUAUUAAAUUAUUGUCGUCAUAUUAUUAGAUUGUAUUAAAAUAAUCGAAAUAAGGAAAGAAGCAUCAUGGUGAAUAUAAUAGACAUUAAUAAUGCAAAUAGACGAACGGAUAUUGAUGAUGCGAAUAGACAAACGGAUGUUAAUAACGCUAAUGAGUUGACGGAUGUUAAUAAUACCAUAAAUGCACAAAUUGACGUUAUCAAUAUAAAUGGGCACAUAUCGCCUUGUGUAGAAAUCAAGAUAGAACCUAGUAUUGCCGAGGAGAAAAAAUGGGAACGAAAUGGAACAAUUUAUCAAGUAUUGAUGAGCUUAUGCGCCAAUGUCGUCGUAAUAGGUCCAGCGAUGGGUUUUGGCUACAGUGCCGUGGCAGAGCCCGCGAUGAGAGCUCCAAAAACCGAUGAUUUGCAACUCGACGAUGUUCAGGCAAACUGGAUGGCUACUGUAUUCGCGCUGGGUACACCCAUCGGUUGCUUAAUCUCGAGCCUCGUGAUGAGACGAGGAAGGAAGAUCAGCUUGCUCGUGACGUCGUUGAUCUCACUGACAGGUUGGGUGACAAUUUACACGUCCAACAGUUACGAGCAGAUUCUGGUGGGAAGAGCGAUUUCCGGUAUAUCCUCGGGCAUGGGGUCGGUCCCGACGACGGUGUACUCGGCGGAAAUAGCGGGACCGAAGUGGCGAGGCACAAUGGUCACGUGGACCAGUAUCUCCAUCGCUGCCGGUGUUCUUAUCGUUUACAUCUUUGGAUAUAUUUUCAAGGAUGACUGGCGGCUAGUGGCCUUGAUGUGCGCUCUAUUUCCAGUGGUGGCGAUCGUUCUGAUUUUGCUAGCGGUACCCGAGUCACCACUAUGGCUGCGGGAUCAGAAUCGGCCCGAUGAAGCUUUGAAGAUCAUGAAAAAGUUCCGCGGUGUACCAAAGGAUCAACCGGCUCCGGCGAAACUUGUGUUCGAGCUGAAACCGCGGGUGCAAAAGAAGAAUCAAAAUCUGCUGCAGCAUCUGAUAAAGAGGAAUUCUCUAGUGCCGUUAGCCAUAAUGCUCAUGUUUUUCUUCUUUCAACAAUUCUCCGGAAUCUUCGUUGUCAUAUAUAACGCCGUCGAUAUUAUGGAUAAAUCUGGAGUCCAGGUGGAUCCUUACAUCGGCGCCGUUCUGAUAGGCCUUGGACGUUUCUUAACCAGCCUCGUAUCAGCUGGCGUGACCCGGAAAUACGGCCGACGAAUCCUGGCGAUAAUUUCCGGUAUCGGGAUGACGAUUUUCAUGGGCGGCUUAUCGCUCUAUCUCUAUCUUACCGAGAACGGAAUUGUCAUAUCGGACAAAGGGAUGAUCCCGGUAGUGUGCAUGAUACUGUACAUCGUCACGAGUACUCUGGGUUACCUGGUGAUCCCGUUCGCCAUGGUGGGCGAGAUAUUUCCGUCCAAAGUUAAGGACAUACUGUCCGGCUUGACGGUCACUUUAGCUUACAUCUUCAGCGCGAUAACCGUUAAGACGUAUCCUGAUAUGCAGAGACUGAUGAGCAUGCAAGGCGUAUUUCUCUUCUUCGCGAUUAUCUCUUUCGUCGGCGUGAUAUUCAUCUUGUUAUUCCUGCCGGAGACAAAGGGGAAGACUCUGCGCGAGAUCGAGGACAUGUUCUCCAAGAAGAAGGUCUUUGAGUUACCGGCUGAAGGGGUUGUCGCACAAAGAGUCGCUCCAAACGCCGUUAAUAUUCCAACAAAUUAAAAAUAUUUAUUGUUAAUAUGGGCGAAAAAAAUUAACCGCGGAUUGUAAUUAGUAUUACGUAUCUGGAUUGCUUUGAAAUAAACGUCACGUAGUUUCGA